GGUAGGCUCAGUGCCUAAAAGCCACAGAGCCCCAUCAGGCGGGGAGCAGGGUAAAGUGCAGAAGUCGGAGCCCAGGGCUGUGUAGACCGCCGGCACUAUGCUGUACCUACCGUGCCUGUUGCUGUGGGCAUUCCCACAGGUCUGGGGACAAUCCGAAGUCCAGCAGAAUUACACCUUCCGCUGCCUGCAGAUCUCUUCCUUCGCCAACCGAAGCUGGUCCCGCACAGACAGUGUGGUCUGGCUGGGGGAUCUGCAGACACACCGUUGGAGUAAUGACUCAGACACCAUCAGCUUCACAAAGCCGUGGUCCCAGGGCAAAUUCAGUAACCAGCAGUGGGAGAAGUUGCAGCAUAUGUUUCAAGUGUAUCGAACCAGCUUUACCAGGGACAUCAAGGAAAUAGUCAAAAUGAUGUCACCUAAAGAAGACUAUCCUAUCGAGGUCCAACUGUCUGCUGGCUGUGAAAUGUACCCUGGGAAUGCUUCAGAAAGCUUUUUACACGUAGCAUUUCAAGGAGAAUAUGUCGUGAGAUUCCAUGGAACAUCCUGGCAGAAGGUCCCAGAGGCCCCAUCUUGGUUAGAUUUGCCCAUCAAAAUGCUCAACGCUGAUGAAGGAACGAGAGAAACAGUGCAGAUACUCCUGAACGACACCUGCCCCCAGUUUGUCCGUGGCCUCCUAGAAGCAGGGAAGCCAGACCUAGAAAAGCAAGAGAAGCCAGUGGCCUGGUUAUCCCGUGGCCCCAACCCUGCCCAUGGCCAUCUGCAGCUGGUAUGUCAUGUCUCUGGCUUCCACCCAAAGCCUGUGUGGGUGAUGUGGAUGCGGGGUGACCAGGAGCAAGGGGGUACUCACAGAGGUGACAUCCUGCCAAAUGCGGAUGAGACAUGGUAUCUUCAAGCAACCCUGGAUGUGGAGGCUGGAGACGAGGCUGGCCUGGCCUGCAGGGUGAAGCACAGCAGUCUAGAGGGGCAGGACAUCAUCCUCUACUGGGGUGGCAGACAAGUAUCCCCGGUGUUGAUCUUCUUGAUAGUAGGCGUACUGGUUCUAGUGGUGUGUGCUGUGGCCUACUAUAUCAUCAGGAAAAGGAGACGCUCCUAUCAAGACAUCAUGUGAGAUUUUUACCCCUGCCUCUCCUGAAGUUCAGACCUUCCAGGUUCUAGGACUUCAGUCCUUGUCUGCUCAGAAACUGAGGAUAAAAAAGAGGAAUCCUGAAGAAAUGAAGAGCAACCAGUACACCCUUUUAAUAUUAAUUAUAAGAAAUCAAUUAUUUAAAUGAUUUUUAUAAGCUUGGGUAGUUCAGAACAAACACAACUGCACAUGUGUGUACCUGCCAGAAACAAGCUGUGAGCAGUGUCUCGUGGGAUUUGUACUGAACUAGACAGCACGCUUCCUGCCCAAACAGACACUUUGGGGGUUGUUGGCAAGUGUAAAGUCCAACACCAACACGACUGUACUCUGUAUUUUUCAAGAUAACGAGAAAAAUGGAUUUGUGUGUGUGUGUGUGACAUAUAGCUUUGGGGUUUGUUGGCAAGUAUAAAGUCCAACACCAACACGACUGUACUCUGUAUUUUUCAAGAUAACUAGAAAAAUAGAUUUUGUGUGUGUGUGUGUGUGAUACAAGUAUUUUAAAAAGUAAACUCAAAUAUUUACAAAUGAUUACUACCUUAAAUACAAAGCUGCUGACUGAUGAUUACCCCAAAGGCUUCUUCCAGUGUGUGGUCUUUUUACAAUGUUUGUUCUAAUUGUCAUAAUGGCCACUUUAGGGCACAGUCUCCAUUGAAAAUGUGCAUUAAUGACUGAAAGGUGGUUUCUCUUUAAAAUAAAAUUAGGAUGUACGAUG